AUAUGACAACGAAGAAGACAACAACGAAGAAGAAGAAGACGACAAGCAAUACCAAAUGAAACUCUAUUUGCCGAGUAAAAAGCGAGUCAAAAGUAUUUAUUACCUGUUUGACGUUUAAAAAAGGAUUUGCCUCAAUAUCGCUCAGAAGUUGCGCUGUUUAGCAAUUAAAUGGCGGCACAGGGUGGAAUUUUGUUUCAGGAAAAGGUCAGCCGGAUGCUCUGCAAACAGAAUGGAAAACCUGUACUCAAACCCAACAAACCUCUUGUCCUGAAAGAUUCAGUGACCAGCCGCAAACCCAAAAAAGGAGAGGCCACCUGCAUCACAGAGUUGUCAGUCAUGAUGGCCUGUUGGAAACAGAACAACUUUGUGGAGAGCCUGUGCUCCAAAGAGAUGGAUGAUUUCUACUCCUGUGUUGGAAAGGCUCAGGCUUCAAUGAAGAAUACAUUAGGAGAAACUACUCUUCAAGGAGGACGUCUGACACCAAAACAAACCAACACCCUGUUGAAGAGACAUCCCACUCUACGAUUUGAGAUCUAGGAACCUGAUUGAUGUUGAAAAUAAGCCACACUGUUGAGCCUUGUAACAGUGUUUCAUCAUUUUAAAGUGUCAGUGAUAUUUAUCUUGUGGACCGGAAAUGUGUAUGAAAGUUUGAAAGAAGCUACUCGACUGAGUCCCGUAUAAACUUACAUAAUAUUUGGGCAUUGUCCAUUAAUAACAAUGAAAAUGUUAUUUCAAUAUUUUGUGUUGCUUGGCAAUAUUUUUUCUUUAUCUUUCACUUUUCUUCCUUACGCACCACAAUAUGAAUUUGCUUCCAUAAAAUGUUAUUCUGAAACAAUCCAACCACUUUCUCUACUGCUCAUUCUGUUGAGCUGGAUCAUAUCCCAUCUUUGGUUAAAAGGCGGACAACACCAGGGAUGAUUUGCCGGUCAGUUGCAGGACACAUCGUUCUUAGUUCAUAGUCACUCGGUGGGAGUGCAACCGUUGCCUACGCUGAAGUCGGGCAAGUCAUUUUGUCAGAAGGUUGUGAAUGAGCGAUUGAAAAUAUAAUGGCAGAGCCUUAUAGAAAUAAAAUCUUGCAUAUUGAUAUUUA